GAGCAACGCGGCGCGAUAGGGAGUUGGGGAUUUGAGUCCAUUGCUCGAAGCCGCCAAGCCUUGCCCUCAGUUAAAAUGGCGACUUCAGUUGCUUAACUUACGUGAAAUCGGCGGGCCGCUGGCGAGGCUUUCCGCGUCGGCCGCAGGGCGAGUCGGGAAAUGAUUUUAAACUGGAGGGCGUGGCGAGUGUGGAGUUGCGCCUUUGGCGAGCGGAGCUUUCAAGUCUACCUUUUCCCGGGAGAGCUCCGGAGAAGGGUCUUUGGGGACUCCCUAUCUUUCGUGGGCCGGCGCCAGCUUCCGAAGAGCGAGGGUCGCAGAGCCGGGCUGCUUGGGAAGCCGAGCUGUCUCUCCCGGGGGACGUCGUAGUUCUUGCUCGCGCCCGAGGGAAGCUACGUUCACUCCAGGGCUCUUGAUGUCUCUUCUGAACUCACCGGCGAUUGCUUCGGGUCUCUCUUAAGCAGUCAUUUUGGCCGCUUUCUUCUUCUUAAAAAACCAAAACCUUUCGUCUCGACGUAGUCUUGGAGCCAGACUUGAAGGAUGAUUCGUGAAUCCGGAGCGGACGACAGUGUCAUUACGACCUAAUUUUGACCAUGGAUUCCUAUGAUUCCCGAGGACCGACUUUUAGACGAAGGACCUCAAAUCUUAAGAACUACUUUGUAGGUGCCACCCCUCUGCAGAAACGACUGGAAUUGGUCAGGAGGCAGAGUUCAUAUUUUCCCAGUCCAUCUCGAAGGAAAAUUCCCCAGUGUUCACAGUUGCAGGAAGAUAUCGAUCCUCAGAAGGUUGCAUUUCUCCUCCACAAACAGUGGACUGUAUAUAGUUUAACUCCCCUGUAUAAAUUCUCCUAUUCUAAUCUCAAAGACUAUUCUAGACAUCUAAGUGCAUUUAUUGCUGCCGAAAAGCAAAAAGGACUAGCUGUGGAAGUGGGGGAAGACUUCAACAUCAAAGUGAUUUUCUCCACUCUACUUGGAGUGAAAGGGACGCAAAGGGACCCUGAAGCGUUUCUUGUCCAGAUUCUCUCGAAGUCUCAGUCAUCACGUGAGCAGAGAGAAGAUAAAGUGUUGUGGACUGGUUGGUUCUGUUGUGUGUUCGGAGACAGUCUUCAGGAGACUGUCUCAGAAGGCUUCACCUGUCUACCCUUGUUCCUUGCAAAUGGAGCGGAGUCCAAUACAUCUUUAAUUGGAGGCUGGUUUCAGAAGACCUUUGACUGUUGCUUCAGACCUUUAGCAAUCAGUGCGCUUAAUCUGUCUUGGAUGGCUGCUAUGUGGACAGCAUGCAAAAUGGACCAUUAUAUGGCUACUACUGAAUUUUUUUGGUCUGUGCCCUGUAGCCCACAGAGCUUAGAUAUUUCUUAUGCAAUCCAUCCAGAAGAUGCAAAAGCUUUAUGGGAAAGUGUCCACAAAACACCUGGGGAGAUUACCCAGGAGGAAGUUGACUUAUUUAUGAACUGCCUUUAUUCACAUUUCCAUAGGCAUUUCAAAAUUCACUUAUCAGCCACAAGAUUGGUUCGUGUUUCAACAUCUGUAGCUUCAGCACACACUGAUGGGAAAAUAAAGAUUCUGUGUCAUAAAUACCUUAUUGGUGUGUUGGCAUAUAUGACAGAACUGGCAAUUUUUCAAAUUGAAUGAAUUUUUGUAUGGACUCAUUUUGAUCAUUUGCUGAACUGCAAUGCCAAGUGGGACAGUGGAAGAAAUGGAGCACUUGUCUCAGGGUGCCUUUGAAGGUGCCCAGAUGGAUAUAGAACAUAGUGGUAGUGGGUGAGCCACGUUCAUGGGCUUGUGUACCCAGCAUAUCACUGUGGCUGUGUCAUGUUAUAAAAGAUGCUGAAUUGUUAAUACAAAAGGAUCCAAUUUAGUCAAAUAAACUUAUCUAAAAUCUGGUGUCUCUGAUUUAGGUUAUUUAUUCUGUUAGUGGGGCUUACCUCUGAGGGUCCUGUUCGAGUUCCUUGACUUUUCACCUCUAGAUUUCCCUCAGUUUUGUUUUUUGAUUCUCUUUCCACUUUUAUGUCUUGAACUGUUUUAUUAAUUUCUUUCUACUGUUUGUGUUUUUCAUAGAGUUCUUUAAGGAUUUAUUAAUUCCCCUUUUAAAGACCUCUACCAUAUUCAUAAAUGCUAUUUUAAGGUCUUUUGUCUUGUGUUUCAGCUAUGUUGUAAUUCUCAGGGCCUACUGUGGUAGGUUGCUAGGCUCUAGUGGAGACAUACUGUCCUGGCUGUUACUGAUUAUAUUUUUAUGAUGGCAUCUGGGUUUGGGAAGAGUGUAAUACAUGAUAUUGAUAUUCAUAA